CACAACAACAAGAAGAAAAAGUAUAUACAAAAGAAACGAAGCCAAACACAAAAUAUCAGAAAUUCAACACAAUUUACCCUCAUUCCUGGUACAAAAGUUCGUGUAGUUCUUGACGACAAGCCGUUGACAAAGAAACGUUUAAGGUUAAGUAGAAAC